AUGGACUCACUCGGGUCGCUGGCUGCGCGCAAGAUGGACCGCUCAGCAGCCUCGAGACAGAAGAGCUGCAACGCCUGCGUGAGAGGGAAGCGCAAGUGCGAUAAGAAGACCCCCCGCUGUACUCGCUGUGCGGCAAAGGGCCUCGACUGUGUAUAUCAGAGAUUGCCGCCAGGGGCCAACUUUCACGACGACGAUCUGUGCGUUGGUCUUGGCGCUACCGACAACCUGAACGAGGUCCCUGAUUUUGAUAUGGGCUUUGAUAUCAACAACUUGGGAGCAGACUCGAGUGCCAGCACCAGCACCAGCAACCCCACGCCCGAUAGCCUCGACAGAGUCACCACAUCGUCGAUAGAGCUCGACUCUCCACUUGACUUCUCCAUCAUCGACCAUCUCAUGGCCAACGAUACAUCUCUCGGUUCCGAGCUAUGGAACAUGGGAGACUAUGGCAACAGCAAGCUCGGUAUACCACCCGUCCCAGCAGGGCCUGUCGUCAUCCGCGAUGUGGCUCUUCUGGAUAGAGCAGAUGCCUGCCUGGCCGACUUCAAUCCGCUGGACGUGUACGACCCUCGCACCCGGGUGGGAUACACAGUAGAUAUUAUUACCAACCUCUACAGGGACUUCGCUCGGACUCGCCGGCUGCCCUUCAUCCACCCCCGUCUCUACGGCUCCAACCUCCCAAAGACCAUGCUAGCAGCCUUCUCGGCGGCAUCAGCCUAUUCAGCGCGAACUCCUGAGAACAAAGGGUGGGUGUACAAGCUCAUCACCGACAUGGCCAAGGAGAUCCAUCUCGAGGGUGAGAGGGCCUCGACGCCGGCGGAGAAGCUGGCGCGGGUGCAGGCGCUGGUUGUUCUGGACUCUAUCCGUAUGUUCGACGGUGACGUUACCCUGAGGGCAACAAGCGAGCGCGAGCUGUCGCAGUUUAUAGCGUGGAUGUUUGCUCUCAAGGAGGUGGAAGAGGAGUUGUCAGUGGGGGAUGAGCCUGGUGCUACAAUGAUGAAAGGUCCACCUCCACCAAGCUGGGAGAGUUGGCUGCUCGCUGAGAGUAUACGCCGAACCACCGUCAUGUCAUUUGCUUUCGUGUGCAUGACAAGCAUACUCAAGUCCCUUGAGCCGCCCUGCGGUAUCAUGGAAGGCCCAGCCUUUCAGUUCACUGCAUCGAGAUACCUCUGGGAAGCCGAUUCGUCAAUGGCCUUCUACCGUGCGUGGCAGACCAAACCACAAUACCCGGUGCGGAAUCUUGACUUCAAGGGUGUCUGGCUACAUGCCCAGCCUGAGGACGUUGAUGAAUUUACGAAGCUAAUGCUCACUGCGCAAAUGGGCCCAGAAGCUAUCGAUCAGUUCAUGAUGGGUGCUGCGUGUUGA